CUUUGUGAUUUUACAAGGAUUGGAGAAACACUUCAUCUUUUGAAAAUCAACGUAGCAUAACAUGGCCUGAAGGUCCAUUUUACCUAUGAACGCUCUCAGGAGAACAAGCGUCACUGGCUCACAAAGCCUCUAGGCUUUCUUUAAACUAACUAUUUCCCUGUCUCCUACCUAGUAAUCAACUACAAGUUCUGCACCGAAUGUGCUUGAGGUGUCUUAAGCUCCUCUAGGCGACAUGCUUCGGCGCAGUUUCAUAUUGUGCUUUUUAUCUGUUACCACCUUAUCAGUGCUGUGCUUAGGCAUAGAUGAUGGACAAGGGUGGAAGAAAGUUAAGGGCUUGAAAGGGGCCAUGUAUGUUGAAUUGACAGACAAUAGGGCCUGCGUGAAGCUCAUGACCAGCUCGGGUCCUCAAGGAUGCGAAGCUCCAAACGAGGAGCUGGUCACUGCGCCACUGGUCCAUAGGAAAGAUUUGUGGAUACCGUACAAAGGCAAACGUGUGGUGGUGGUUCCUGCUGCUGAGGUGAGCACCCUGUUGUCGCUGCUGCUGUCGGAUUCGGAGCUUCAUAGUCGGGUGGCAGGUGUAUUGGUGGACCCCACUGCGGGUCGUCCGGCACACUAUUCCACGGCAGCUAAGUUUCCAAGCGCCGAGUACGCGCUGUACGACAACCGGUCGUACCCCUGGAAUCCAUUCGGCGCGGGUUUUAACCGACAAUUCUUUGGAUUCCCGAUGUACAUGUUGACGAGCAGUAUGGCCAAUGAGGCAGCUCGCAGAGCAUCGUAUAAUGCUGACAACGAGUUUAAGGGAGGCCGUCACGUGGCUCGAUUUGAGGUGCCCAUGUCCGCCAAAGGGAACUCCGUACAAUGCAUAACUGAGCAAACGUGUCUUCCGGUGGGCAGUUACGGUGUUUGGACCGCUCUUCCCGCUCUUCCCGACCCCUCCUACAACACCACCUCCCCCCGGCCCAUCACAUUACUGGUGGCGCAAAUGGACAGUAACGCCUUAUUUCACGAGCUGUCCAGGGGCGCCGGCACCUCCGUUUCCGGUCUCAUAUCCGCACUGGUAGCUCUGACACUGCUCGCUACAGCCAACGAUACGGCCAGCUACAGCCGGCAACUGGCGUUUGUCGCACUCCCGGGUGAGGCGUUUGACUACAUGGGCAGUAAGCGGCUGCUGUACGAGAUGAAUUUGAACUCGACGUUCGUACAGGGCUUGAGGCUAGAUCUUAUUGACCAGGUGGUGGAGGUCGGGCAAAUCGGCGCCGCAUGGAACCCAGCCACCAAUACCUCCACCUUCUACCUUCAUACACAAAAAGGCGACAAGUACGGCAAUACGACGGCGCUCGUAGAAGCCGCAACGGCGGCGGCAGCGGCGCCGUCAACAAACACCUCUUCGAAUUCCUCCGAGCCUUCCCGGAUCCGUGUCCAGCAGGCCAGUCCCGACACCCCCGGCAUCCCGCCCUCCUCACUGAUGGCCUUCCUGAGGGUCAAGAGCUCCCUGUCGGGCCUGCUGGUUGCGGACUUCGACACGGCGUUCAAGAACCCCUACUACCAGAGCGAGUUCGACGACGGCACCAACACCAUUGGGGCCAUGUUGGAGGUGUGCGUGUGCGCGGCGGCUAUUGUAGACGCGUCCCUACUGCUGGCCCGCACUCUGCACUCGCUGGCUAUCGGCAACACCGCCGCCAGCACCAAUAUCACCACCAGCAACACGACUCUGUUUACAGACCGGGCUCUGGCCAUCAAUUUGGUUUACUGUCUGAUGACGCAAUCCCCUGGGCUGCAGUGUCCUCUGGCCUCGGAGUUGAUGACGCCAGACAUUAUGCUGUUUUCCGACGGUUCCCUCUCCGCCGCCGUCGGGGCCUACCCCGGUGUCCUGGGCUGGCUGGCGGCGGCUAACCCCAAGGACCCCUACCUGAAACCCAACCUCCCACGAUUCCUUUUCAACUACCUGGGGUUGAUAACUGCCGUACCGCCGUCCAAUACCUCAAACACGAGCUCCUGGGACGGGGCUCUGUGCGACCCGGGCGUCAAUCGCUGUCCACUGCCGUACGCCUGCAUCGGCUGGCGGUACGGCAGCAAGGACCCUGCGGGCAUGGGUCGCUGCCGUAACACGACGACGAGCUUCGUACCGGCGUACAGCACACGGUUGUCGUACGGCAAAGUGGGUCAGUGGUGGCGCUGGUCGGUCAGCAGCGCCUCUGCGAGUUGGGAGGCGGCUUACCAGUGGCCCCCGGACCCGCUGUGGGCGGAGUCCAACUGGCCAGAGAAGACACCCAAACUCACCAUAUUCCAGGAGGAGGCUGACACGACUCAGGUGAUCACGCUGGUUGUUGGGCUGCUGCUGACCGCAACCACGGCUGCCGUAUCCUGGACGGGAGUGAAGAUGUUCGAGCGACACCUCAAGAUUCACUGA